CGAGGCAAACAAAAGUGAAGGUGGUCGGGAGCGAGCAACGAGCACGCGGCGAGUCGGUAUCUCGCUAGCGUGACGGUUAGUCGUGUCGCGUUCGUGCCGUGAUGUCCAGGUGGUGGUUGGUGGUGGUGCUGGCCGCGAGCGCUGCGGCGGCGGGCCCGCGCCUCCCGCGCACGUCGCUCCCCUCGCCCGCGCCCUCGUCCGCGUCCGCGCCCUCGCCCGCGCCCCCAAGCGCACCCCGUUUACCCCAGAGGAACUUUACUAUUUCCUCCCGUUCUUCAGUGAGAAACAGGGAACAAUAUAUUUUCAACGUGUUUGAAGUGAUAGUAAGCACUUUGGAAACGAAGUUGCAGAGAAUAGAGAAUUUAGACAAAGCUGUCGAACAUCUCAUGCGAAGAGUAGAGGCUUUAGAUUCGCGAGUUAAUGACAAUAUUCAUAAAACUGAUGCUAUAAUAUCUAAAUUGGGAAAUUUGGAUUUAAAACUAUUCAGUCGAAUCGAUGACGAUGAUAUUGUCACGGAGAAUAUCAACAAAAGAUAUAAUGAUAAGAGAAUAAGCAAUACUCAACUUCUUGAUAAAAAACUAGAAUCAUUAGAUCAAAAAGUAUCCGAUAUAGAUUCAAAAUUAGUCGGUCUUAAAACUCAAAUCGAUAAUAACUUUUUACCAGCUGAUGAUAUUAAUGCUGAAGCAAGUGAAAAGAAACCCAUCAAUCUUAAUGUCAUAGAAAUUGCUAAAGGUCUUAAUACUGAAGUGAUAAAUGAAAUAACUAAAGAGGUAGAUCAACUUCGAACUUCGAUGUCGACAGUUGAUAGAAAAUUACAAUUUCAUAUAAAUCUCGUAUCAGAAAAUCUAGGUAAAGUUCUUUAUAUGAUGGCCGACGUUCAUGCUGCAAUAGUCGAGCCGGAAUCCGCUUCAAUAAACAUCAAUAAUAUAUUUAAAAAUCGAACUGCAACAACUCCUUCGCCUAUCACAAAAGCAAGCAAAAUAGACACUUUGGUGAAUAAGAUUAUACCUAUGAUGAGUGUAUCUGAAAAAAUGGAUGAAGUAUGGGAUGUUGUUGUCGGUACGAAGAGUUCAGUAGAUGACUUAGUGCCAAAAUCAGACGAACUUCUCACACAAACACAAAGACAAGAACGUGCAAUUGGGCAAAUUCACAAUGAUUUACGUGUUAAAACAAAUCUUAUUAUUGAAAACCUUGACAUGGUAGAGAAACGAUUGAAGAAACAAGAGGAUGACGUAGCUACCCUCGCUCAACGACCCGUGCCCGCGGAACUCUUACUAGAUCCAACUAUAGAUCGACUAGUCGAAUAUGCACCAAAUAGAUACAGAGUUGAAGAACCUUCAACUGACCCGAGCACGAGCACUGCCGCUUUUACGACACCGGCAACUUCUACGGCAAAUAACAGCCCGAGCAGUCCGAGUAAUUCGAGCGCCAGUUCCACCGCUACGGUUACUGUCACUCCGGCUAGCAGUGGGACCUCGAGCCCACGCCCCGCCAGCCGAAAAGGCGGAAUCAUCUUUCCCAGCGUUAAAAACAAACCCAUCGUUGGCAACAACACAUUCGCAUCGGAAAUUGUCGCUAAUUAUAAGGACGUCAAAGGUUAUUCCUGCGUGGAUCUACUAAAUGCUGGUAUGCGAGACUCUGGGGUGUACUACCUUCAGAUUCGUGGAACGACAUAUUGGUUUUUAAAGGUCUUUUGUGAACAAGCUGUAGCAGACGGCGGUUGGACGGUUAUUCACCGUCGUGAUGACUUUGGAACGCCAGCUGAAAAUUUCAAUAGAGACUGGAGCGAUUACAAGAAUGGCUUCGGCGACCCAAGCAAAGAGUUCUGGCUCGGCAAUGAAAAUAUAUACAUGCUAACUAAUAACGAUGACUAUAUGCUGCGAGUAGAACUUGAAGACUUUGAUGGCAACAAGAGAUACGCGCAGUAUUCGCACUUCAAGAUUUACUCUGAAGCGGAAUACUACAAACUAGAGAUAGAUGGGUAUGAGGGCAACGCUGGAGAUUCCCUCAAUGAUCCGUGGUACGGGUCCAAUAAUAGCCCCUUCUCAACUUACAACAGAGAUAAUGACAGAUCGUCAUUAAACUGCGCGUCAAUGCUGAAAGGUGGUUGGUGGUGGAAGUCGUGUGGACGAGGCCUCAACGGCUUAUAUCUUCAUGACCCGCAAGAUCUUACAGCUCGACAAGGUAUCGUAUGGUUCCGUUGGAGAGGAUGGGACUACACCCUGAAGAGAGCAUCCAUGAUGAUAAAGCCGAAGGGCAUCCAACCAGGAACUACGUGAACCAUUACAAUGUGACUUCAAGAACUAAAACUUUUACUCAGCCUCUGUUUUGUUCGUACGUGGAUUCUGAAUUAAAUUAAAGGACACAAAACUACGCAAUACUGCAAAAUAUGAAACAAUUGUAAAAUUUUGAUAGUUCAUCUAAUGUUGUCAUAAUAUAACAUUUAUUAAAUACGAAAAAUAUCUCGUAUCGUGUAAGUGCUUUCUUUUAAUUGUGAGAUAUUUAUUUAAUUAUGCAGAGUGUAAGUACCAUACAGUUCUCUUACAAUUGAAAAAGCGAAUCCAUGUAACGAACUAGAACAUAGCAGGCAGCUCAUCGCUCAAAUUGAUAUACCUAUAAUUAUUACUCAAUCAUUCAAAUGUCUAUGUAAAUAAUUCCCUUUGAAUCAUUAUCACAAAAUCACCACUGUUGUCUUCGUCAUCAAACAAUUAUCCCUUUAUUGUAAAUAACAGAUACUGUACGCGCAAAAUAUGUGCCACAAAACUCCCAAUUUUCAUUAAUUUAUUAUUCAUAACUUGAUACAUAUAAAUUCGUUAAUUAGCUUUAUAGUAUUAGUUGUAAGAGAAAGAUAAAAUUAAGAUGUAAAUAAUUGUAAAUUUAUAAUAUUUCAAAUACUUUUUGGCGAAACUGAUAUAGCUCCAUGAUUCUUUUUUUUCUUUUGUUCAUUAAAACGGAAAUUAUAAAUUAUAAUUUAUUACAAAUGAGACCCCUGUGAGGAAAAAUGUUUGAAGCAUCGUCAUAAAAUAUAAUUAUUUUUGCAGUAAGUUUAAACCUAAAGGAAUUAACAGUCAAAAAUGAAGUGCAUAUGUUACCAUCAAUACCUGUUAUUCGUUACAAUGCGUUUCGUGGUUACAACGCGUUUUACCUAGUAAAAACUUGUUUAAAUUCCCUAGUUAAAGUUGUAACUCAUUGCCUUUGAUACGAUAGGGUUGUCGCAACUUUGUAUGGAAACAUAUUACUGCAGUGAGACGCUUCAUUCUCAUUAAAAUGUAUUUUGACCAAGCAUGGGAAACUGCGGGCAUCUACUAUAAUAAAAUAAUAUUAAGUCAUUCUUUUUAUUUGAUUAGUUAUAAUCAUAAUAAUCAUUGCUAUAAAUUGUCUCCGUGAAUAUAUACAUUUAAGUACAAAAAUAGGUGAACGACCGGCGUGAAUCGACUUUAGGACGUUUUUCACUUAAAAGAAACCAAUAUGAAGCAAAAUACAAUCGCAGUUAAUUCUACUUUUUUUUGUGUUUUUCUAGCUAAUAAGUUACAACUAAGGACGGGUAUAAACGAUGAACAGGUUUUAUCUAUGACACAUAUGCAUAUUAUAUAAUAUAUUGUUUAUUGUAAAACAAAUUUAAUUAAAAGACAUACUAAAUUGUAACGAGGUGUGAAAAAGACUCCAAAGUAUUAUUGAAAAAUUAAGUUUUUUCAAAAAUCCGUUAUUUGACAGCGGGAGAACUGGAUGUUUUUUUAUCGUCUAUCUAAUAAAACGAAAUAUUAUUUGUGAUAAACGGUAACUUACUGUAUUUUAAAAAAGUUAUAACUUAGGUCGAUAUUUGAAUUGUUUACUAAAAACAUUAUGAUGCCUCAAAUACAUUUCCUUUCCAAUUUAUUUAAAAAAUUAUGUUUAAACCUCUCUAUUCGAUAUUUUCUCCUUGGUUCACUUUACCUUUUUAUGAGUUUCAAUUAAAUCUAUUUAGUAUAUGUUGCCGACAAAUACAUUAUGUAAUGUACCUGACUAACAUGGACACAGUAAAAGUAAAUAUAUGUAAUAUCACCGA